CGUGAGCCGGUCAUCUGACUCUUUUCCUGUUGGGAGAGAAAAAAGUUUUGAAACCACACCCUCUUCACUGAGUGUAAGCACAGACGUAGAAGUGGUUCGAGGUCCUGACGAGUGAAGAGAAGAGACCGAGGAAGAGGAAUAUGAUCACAAGUUCUCAUGGACUUAUUGCGCUGUUUGGAUACCGACGGUAACAAAAUAAAGUGCGUGUUUCUCUGUGGAAACUGUAUGGAUAGCUCUUCCUGUUACAAACUCGUCUGUUCACUGCGUUGUUUUUUUAAAGUUGUAAAUCCCAGCUCGUAAGUAUGGAGUCUCACGCGGUAAGGGAUGCGGGAUUUCCUGCGGGAGCGCCGCAAAGUUGCGUGCAGACGCAGUUAUUGGAGGUUUGGGCUCAAUAAUGCGAGCUGCUCAGCCCUGAAAGUUGUCGUAAAACACUGGUUGGCUGGACUGAAUGCUCCUUUUCCUGCUAUUCUUCUCCACUUCUCAGCGCUUCCUGCUUGUGCUGGCCACUGCUCUUAAUGGCUAAAAAUACAUAAAAACUCCAAAUGGACAGCUGAACGUUGUGGGAACUUUUGCUAUAUGUUGUGAAAAUUAUACAGCUAAAGUUGUGGACGACUUUUCUUUUUUUGUUCUCUCACCCUGACUGACUCAACAGGUGGCAGUUUUUGAAUGAGGGAGAGGAAAAGCUAAUUUUCCCUUAAUGAGAGGAUUCAGGAGCCUCUUAAAUACAAGCUGGUGGAAUGAUGCUUUGGGAAACCACAUCACUUGAACAGAGGGAAAUUCAGUGAAAGCUGAGCUUUUAAACUUUUUAUGAAAUUAAAGAAAUCUCUUGACUGAUCAAGCUUUUGCAUUUCAUGUCAAGACGAAUGAAAGACACUUGCCUUUCGCUCAUCUUUCAAUCCUCUCCUCAAGCCCACUUGUUGGUCGAGCUUUUGAACACAUUUCACUGGUCCCUGAUGAACCAACAAGAAAGACAGGAAAGGGAGCGAGGCGCAAUAAAGUACUCCUUUGUACUUUAUUUUCAAACCCUUUGGGUCCAGAAUCAGAUCCAGUCAAAACAUCUGCUCGAGGCUCCAUGGAGCCGCUGAAGAACAUAUUCGGUCGAGGCCCGCUGUCCAACUGGAAAAAUUUGGAUCAAUCACAAAAAGGGAACUUCACCAACCCUGUGUGGACGGCCUUGUUCGACUAUGAGGCGUCCUGUAAAGAUGAGCUUACCUUGCGUAAAGGUGACCUUGUUGAAGUCCUGUCUCUGGACUCGGAGAUAUCAGGGGACGAAGGCUGGUGGGCGGGCAAGGUCAACAACAAGGUGGGAAUAUUCCCCUCAAACUAUGGCUCCUUCAAACCCAAUGGAUAUGGGAAGCUUCCGGGUACUGCCGUGGUUGGCGAGCUCAGUCCGGUCGUGGUUGGCGAGUUUGAACCUGACGCGGUGGAUUUCCGGGAGCUGAGUUUGGAGGAGGUCAUCGGGGUCGGGGGAUUUGGAAAGGUGUAUCGUGGUACAUGGAGAGGCGGGUUGGUGGCUGUGAAGGCCGCCCGCCAAGACCCCGAUGAGGACAUCAGUGUGACGGCGGAAAACGUGAGACAGGAGGCGCGUUUGUUCGCCAUGCUCACCCAUCCCAACAUCAUCGCCCUGAUGGGCGUCUGCCUGCAGGAACCCAACCUGUGCCUCAUCAUGGAGUACGCCUCAGGGGGGGCGCUGAGCCGGGCGCUGGCUGGACGCCGCAUCCCGCCGCACAUCCUGGUAAACUGGGCCGUGCAGAUAGCCAAAGGGAUGCUGUACCUGCACUGCGAGGCCAUCGUCCCCGUCAUCCAUCGAGAUCUCAAGUCCAACAACAUCCUCCUGGCUCAGCCCAUAGAGAAUGAAUGCAUGGAGGGGUUGACGUUGAAGAUCACCGACUUCGGCCUGGCCCGAGAGUGGCACAAGACCACCAAGAUGAGCACCGCCGGCACCUACGCCUGGAUGGCCCCCGAGGUCAUCAAGUCCUCCACCUUCUCCAAGGGCAGCGACGUCUGGAGCUACGGUGUUCUGCUGUGGGAGCUGCUCACAGGAGAAGCCCCCUACAAAGGGAUUGAUGGACUGGCCGUCGCCUACGGAGUCGCCGUCAACAAGCUCACCCUGCCCAUCCCCUCCACCUGCCCCCAACCCUUCGCUCAGCUCAUGGCAGAGUGCUGGGACCAGGACCCCCACCGCAGGCCCAACUUUAGCUCCAUCCUGUCCCAGCUGAUGGCUCUGGAGCAGCAGGUGAAGGAAGAGAUGCCGCAGGACUCCUUCCACUCGCUGCAGGAGGACUGGAAGCUGGAGAUUCAGGACAUGUUCGAUGAGCUGAGGGCUAAAGAGAAGGAGCUGAGGUGUCGCGAGGAGGAGCUGAAGCGAGCGGCCCUCGAGCAGAAGUCACACGAAGAGUUCCUGCGUCAGCGCGAGCAGCAGCUGGCCCAGUGGGAGCAGGACGUGUUCGAGCGCGAGCUCAGCCUCCUCAUCCAGCACCUGAACCAGAAUCAGGAGAAGCCCAACGUCAAGAAGAGGAAGGGGACGUUCAAGAAGCACAAGCUCAAGAGCAAGAACGGGGAGAAGAUCAGCAUGCCUCAAGAUUUCAUCCAUAAGAUUACCGUGCAGGCGUCGGGCCUGGAGAAGAGGCGGAACUCUCCUGAUUUGGGCUCGGGCUCCUCACCCUCCUUCGGCCCACGUUUCCGUGCAAUCCAACUCAGUCCCAGUGACAACAGCAGGACGUUUGGUCUGAGCUCAGCUUCUUCCCUUAAACAAGCCAAUGGAGACCUGAGGUUGGGCCCCCACUGGAGGCCCCAGAGCCCAAAAAGUCCCAAAAGCCCGAAAGUCCUGCGUCUAAGUCCGCAGGAAAGCAGUUUGUCGAUGAGGGCGAAGCUCCUGGAGUCGGACAGCAACGAGAACGGGGAAUCUAAAGACGACUUUGAGGAGUACAGGCCCUCCACGCCGACCCCUCCCUCCACUCUGAACGGCUCUUCAGUGAAGGACAGCCUGCGGCUUCCUCUACCUCAGCGAGACUCUGGCAGCGAGGAGGGGGGGUCCUCCCCAGCCGGCUCCCCCAGGCCUGACAGGGGCUCAAUGGGUGGCCUUUUUAAGAGCACCCACCAGGCCCUACUGGGUGGCGGCUCCCUCCUGGCCUCUGUAGGACUCGGUCGCUGCCUGGAUAUUCCCCCACGGGUACCCCCAAGAACUAACCCCUCCUCCCUAGGGGACCGCACCCCUUCUGAACCGGAGAUCUCCUCCCCAAAGCCCCUCAUUUCUGACCCCCCAGUAGUGGAUGAUCUCAUCACUUUCUCCACCUCCGAGCAGCUCCCGAGGCCGCUCUUGGAUUUAGCUUUGCAGUAUCAAGAACUGAAGCCCCUCCCCCUGACCCCGCCUCCACCAAACCCUCGAGAAAGGAGUCGCCCCCGCACGCCGCAGAUGCCGCACAGUCCCCAGGCCCCCAGGACGCCCCUGCAGCAGGGCGGAGCCAGCCCGGGGGAGUGGACCCCGAGUUUCCAUUCGACAAACGGGGAGCUGGGCUGUGAGGCCUGGGAGCACAGAGCCGACCGGAGGAGGAGACCAAGCCAAGGCCUGCACGCCUCGCAGCUCGUUUUGGACCUUCCUUUGUGCCAAGACACACAGGACCCUGAUGACAAGCCUUCAGUGCCAUUCUGCCUCCACCCUAACCCAGCCCUCUGGAGCCCAAAAACCCGCCGCCUGGAGGUCAGUGUCAUCCCACGUCCCCGCCCAUCCCCCAUCCGCCCCCGCAUCGAUCCCUGGAGCUUCAUCUCAGCCGGUGGCGGGAACUCUGGCGGCCGCAGCCCGAACCGCUCGGACAGCAGCCUCUUAGGUUUCCAGCCGUCCCCUACCAAUCCCUUCCACAACUGUGACCCCUUCCCCUCACCAGACUGCGACCCCUUCGCCCUCAAGGCUGACCCGACAGUCGGCUCGGAAACGACUUCCCCCUUUGACCCUUUCUCGACUCCCUUUCCCACCUCUCGUUCUGCGCCGUGCUCCACUAACGGCUCGCCCACGCUGCCCACGUUCCGCAUAGCGCCCCUAAAUUCGGCUGACUCGCCGCUCAUCGACCUGGGUUGGGCGGCCUGCAGCAAACCCCUGGACGGCACCAAAGAGAGGGUUCACCCCCGCAGGACACUGGGGCUCAAACCCUUCAAGUCCCCGACGCAACUCAGAGACGACCGGUUCUAAGUGUGUGGUUUUUAUCACAGGAACACAGUCCAGGACCUCUUCCACUACUUUGCCCUUCAUCUAAAUAAGGAUCUUAACCAUCACUCAACCC